AUGUCUUCUUCGUCUAGCCAGUCGACAAUGCCUGCUUCUGUGCCUCUACAGAGGGUCGGCGAUACGGUCGCCCAUGGAACCGUAGGACUUGCUACCAAGGCUGACCUUGACGCGGUCAAAGCAAGCAUCGACCAGCUCAAGACUGAGCAACAGGAGAUAAACCUCCGUGUCCGAAGAGCAAGACGUAUCGGUCAGUUCGUCAUCACAACCCUUUCGCUUCUUUCUAACAGCUCCAAGACUUCCUACCAGCCUGUGUAUACUGCAUCUUUCGCAGAGCCAACAGCCCAGGCGACUAAUGAGAGCUCUCCCCCAAACGUAUCUACAUCGUCAGCAAGACCAGCGGAACAAAGCGCGCCUACGCUUAACGAAGAGACGGUCUCCGCCCAGGCCGCUGCUCAAGCUGAAGAAGGCGCACUGUCGGAUGAGGAGUUGAGGGAACUUCGGCCGCUACGUCAGCAAUCGACACGUCUUCUCUGCAUCAAUGAAGACUUUCGCUUUAAGACUUUAGUCGGCUUGUACUGCGCUCUCAAGUCGAGGAACCCAGCCCAAACUUCAUCCCGGACCCGCCUUCCUGAGAGCCAGCUGAUCAAUAUGGCGCGCUACGCAGAAUUCGACAUUCUUCGAGGCAUAGAUCGAAAGGUCAUAAGGAGGCAAUUGGCUUCGGUCCCAUCGCUCAUACUCAAUGAGUACUCAACUGGUCGGCAGGAGAUGUGGAGCAGCUUCAACGACAUGCUCAUGGACGCCGAUCUGGCCAUCCUCAAAGAGCCUAUGUCGGUCAAGCCAUACGAUAUCAAACUCGCCAACAAUCUUCGCAGCGGUACUCUCGUUGAGUUUUACGACAAGCUUGUGGAGGCCAACACCUUGGUAUCCCACCUCAAGCACGACGAAGCCCUUCAGCAUGCGCUCAUUGAAGUCUACCAGAGCAUGGGCACAGCGCCGUUCUGGAAUGACUUCAUACCGCUUGACAGCGAGGAGCUCGUCAGGCUAGCGAAGCAAAUCGAAGAUGAUGUUUUCAGCCGCCUGCUGAUGGAUGUACGUGGUGGGAAGCUCGAUGUGUCUCACGAAAAUGCGUACAUACGACUCACGGCGAGGUACCGUCCGGGAACAGAUGCCAUGGGCCUCAGGAAUUUUGCAGCUAUGGCUUCGAAGUUUCUCGACCAGAUGGAGACAUAG